UGGAAUGAAGCUGCUGUCGGGAUGAAGCUGCUGCCACUACUGCAGCUCCUCUAUGGGAUAGAAUGUUGCUGGCCAUGAGCAGCAGCAGGCAGACCUACACUAGGAACCAUCAGAGCAUCCCUGAGCCCAUGUCUGGCUGCUGUCCCCGGGCUGCCAGGGUUUAGCAAGGGACUGUGCAGCAGCCAUCCUUUCAGUCUUUGAGGUGGCUGGGGUUAAAUACUGAGUGGAUACGUGUAUCUGAUGCCCAUACAGAAAGGACCGUCAGCUUAGGGAACAGUGAGCUCCAUGCCAUGGAAAAAUGGGAAAAUGUUCAAUGUUCCAGAGGUGCGGGAACCGGGGGAGGGAGCCAUGAGUCUGACUAAGGUGAUGAGGAAAGAGCACACGAGAGGCAGCUGAACCCAGAGGAGGAGGAGGAGGAGGAAGACUGGGUGGGCUGGAGACAGGAGGGCGGAGGGUGUGCAAGCUCAUAUCUCUAGGCUCUCAUGCUUUGCAGACAGGUGCUGGGGGAUUCGUGCCAACCUGUGAAGAAGGAGUGGAAGUGGCUGGAUGAAAGGAGCCGGGGGUGGGGGUGGUUGGCCCUUCACUGACUGCCCCACACCAGCAGGACAGUGACCAAGCUCUGCCCCAGGGGCCACACACACCUCUCAGUGGGAUGAGGGGCCGCAACAUGAAGAAAACUCUCUUCCUUCUGCUUGGGACCAGCCUGCUGCUCUUCAUCCUCACUGUCUGGCUCUCCAUAGGCGAAUCUGCACGUUACAGGUCUGGAACAGUUACAUCCAGAGUCGGAUUAGUAAAACCGGAAUUAAGCUACACAGUUCCUUCACAGUCCAACUAUACUACAAGCCCUGUAAUCAGCUCAUUCUGCAGGGAUGUAGAAGAUCGACUGCUGACUGUAUCAUUAAAGAAGCGGUACUCAGAAGACUAUUAUAUUCAGACUGUUAAUGAACUUCAGAACUGUACAUGGCAAAAAAGGCCACAAGAAUAUAGCAAGUUCAGGUUGUAUUUGUCCACAUGCUGCAACGGUCUCAAGAACUUCAUCGUUUCCCAGAAUAAUACCUCACUAGGAAGCAACAUUACAUACGAAGUGGAGAGUAAAAAGAAAAUUUUAAUAGCAGAAGAAAUUUAUAGAAUGUUUCCAAAGUCUCAGCCCUUUGUAGGAGCCCCCUUCAAGCAAUGUGCUGUGGUUGGCAAUGGUGGAAUCCUAGCAAACAGCGGCUGCGGAGCUGAGAUUGACCAGUCUGAUUUCGUAUUCAGGUGUAACCUGCCUCCCACAUGGGGAAAUAUUAGUGUCGAUGUUGGAAAUAAAACGAAUCUUGUCACAGUUAAUCCGAGUAUUAUUUCUCGAAAAUAUAGAAAACUUAAUAAGGUGAAAAAUGUUUUUCUAAAGAAUGUUUCAAACUAUGGAUAUUCCUUUCUUCUAUUGCCCGCAUUUUCCUACAGCAGCAACACGGCCAUUUCAUUUGAAGUGCACCGUAUACUAGAGAAAAACCAGGCCAAGCAAAAAGCAAUAUUCUUUCACCCAUACUAUCUCAAAAACCUCGCACAGUUUUGGAAAGGGAGGGGAGUGAGGGCUUAUCGUCUUUCUACUGGACUCAUGAUUACCAGUGCCGCCAUAGAACUAUGUGAAGAAGUGAAAUUAUAUGGCUUCUGGCCUUUCUCCAAAAAUCAAGAAGGAAAACCAAUUAGCCAUCAUUAUUAUGACAACAUACUGCCAAAGCCCGGCUUUCAUGCUAUGCCCAAAGAAUUUUAUCAGGUCCUUCAACUGCAUCACAAAGGGGUCCUCAGACUUCAAAUUGGGAAGUGUGAAAAGAGAUAAAACAGGGAUUUCACCACCCCUUGCUAGGAAAGCCUGGAUACUUGGUGACCUCAGAUUCAAGAAGCUGUGGAAGGAGAACUUCACUUGGAUAAAUCUCAAGAGCAAACGUCGGCUCCAGCUUGGAAAUUGAGGAUCAGGUUUAUGGUUUCCUUGGUGAACUUCUGAAGAGAGAAGAUCAAAUGAAGUUUUUUUGCCAAAUAAAGCGUUUUAAUAAUGGAUGAUUGAAGAACAUCAACUUAAUCAUAACUAAAUCAGGUGGUUGUUCUUGGAAGAAGAUUGAUUCAGUUUUUUUUGCAUUCUGCAUUAUCCCUUUAAGGAGGGAGGAGCUAAUUUAUCACCUGUAUGUAUUUGUUGAACAGUAGUUCGGAUGCCACGUUGUGCCGUGUAUAAUACACACAUGACUAGACUAUCAAAAUGAUCAGGCCUUGAUAUUCCUUGGAUCUCAAAAGCUACUUGUCACUUUAGAAUGGCAGCACACGCCUGUUAUUUUCUUUGUCUUGGCCAUCGUUUCUGUUUUGGCCACAUGUGUCGUGUAACAAUUGUAUGUUUUAUUUUUAAUUUAAAAAUGUAAAACAAACUCAGGACUUUUUUCCCCUCAAAAAUGUUUACAUUGUAUGGUAAGAACAUGGGCACUGUUUUGCAAAUAUUCAGCCUAUACAGAUUCUACUGAAUAUCUCAAAUUGGGCAUCAAAACAAUAGGUAAGUGAAGGUACUAGUUCUGCAAGCACCUAAUUACACAAACAUUGAUAUUUAUUAGAUAGCUUUACAAACCAAAGUUUGCCAAAGAUAUGAAAAAAAACAGCAAGCCCCAAGCUGAUAGGUUCAUUUGUUUUCACAGUCUAUACUGUUAAGAUAUAUUUUAGUUUAUAGCAGAGCAAUGUGACCAUGCAAAGGAGAUAUGACCGGGAAGUGAGAAUCGCUUGAUUUGUCAUUUCAUGUGUGGUCCACUGGCUAAAACAUUCCUGUAAUCUGCAUGACUGCCUUUAAUUUAAUUAGGACACUGAUGAAAGCAGUGAUAUAACUAGAUAUUACUGGGCCCCACAGCAAAUUAUUUUUCAGGCCCCCAAAAUAUGCAGAGGUUGACUUGUUUUAUCAAUAUUUAUUGAAACUG